AUGCCUAUGGCAGAUUGAACUGGAUGGUCUUCUUCAAACUCGAAUGCUCAACCGUAUCCACAAAUUAAUUUAUGUUAUCCCUAUCCACCUCAAGCACCAUAUCCAACACAAAUGCUAAUGCCAUAUCCACCUCAGAUGCCUUAUCCAUCAUUACCAAUAAGAUAUUCUCCAAGUUUAUCAUAUCCACUUAAUAUUUCAUCAGAAACACUCAGUGCGCCUUAUCCACUUCAACCAACAGCUCCCAGUUCAUCAGAUAUUACAUCAGAGAUACCAAUUUCAUUGUUGGAUAUGAAUAAAUCUCGUCCAACUGCACCAUAUCCAACUUUAAAUGAAUAG